AUGAUUAUCAAUAAAUGUUAAACGUGCAUUUGUUUUGGUCAAAUUAUCAUUAAAAAUCCAAAAUCAUGACAAGAUUAAUUAAUUCUUUAAUGAAAUCAUGGACGAAUUCAAUUGUUCGAAACAAUGGUAUAAAACGAGAUCUACAUAUUAUGGCUGUAAGUUGUAAAGAUCAACAACAAAAACAAAAUCCAACACCUCAACUUUACGAGAAUGCCCGACAAUUCAAAGAAGUUACCGUCAAUCAAUUUCAAAUGCUAUUCAAAACAAACCCCAAAUGUAAAGGUCAGAUCGAAGAAAUCCUGAAUCUCUAUGAACUUGAAAAGUACACGACUCAACAGGUUCCAUCAAUUCUUUCGGUAAACGACAUGAAAAGACUAUUGUCUACCUAUGAUGAUGAAAAGGAACUUCGCAAGAUGAUAAAGUUUUUCUAUACUCGUGAAUGUGAUAAAUUUAAUACAUACAAGAAAAAAUUCUAUAAAAAACAAGAAAUGUUGGAAAAGAAACGCGAGAAAUAUGGUGAAAAUGACGAAUGGGAACAGGGAGUAUUCGAUAUACAAGGUCAUCUAGUUUAUGGUUUAUGGCACAAUUCAUUGAUAUCUCGCAUAACAAAACAAGCUAUACGAGAUUAUCGCAGCAAUCACAUUUCACGACAAACAUGUUUGUUUGGUCAAAAAUUGAUCGUCGAUUUGGAUUAUGAUCAAUACAUGAAACCAUCCGAAAUUGGUUUGUUAGCCAAACAGAUUUCCAUAAUGUAUUAUGAAAAUCGUGUCAAUAGGGAUUAUCCUGAAUCGUUACCAUAUGAUGUACAUUUCACCAAUUGUCGUGUUGGUGAAAAUACAGUGAAUGAAUUGUCGCGUCAUUUAAAACGAAUGGAUGAUUUAAAACAAUAUUACUUUCAUCCGGAAAGUUACCUAAGUCGACCAGAUUUAUUUCCAAAAAAUAAAUUGAUUUACUUAAGUCCACAUGCAAAACUUUCGCUGAAACAGUAUGAUCACGAUGACAUCUUUAUACUAGGCGGUUAUAAUGAUCGAAGUUCGCAUAGGCAAGUUUCACAUGUGAAAGCACAAUCAGAAGGUAUUCGAUGUUAUCGUUUACCGUUGGAUGAAAAUGUUCUUUGGAAACAAGGAGAUAAAAAUCUAUGCCUCAAUCAAGUGGCAGCAAUAUUACAUGCAGUCAAAGCUACCGGUGAUUGGCAAGUAGCUAUUAGAAAAUUUGCUCCACAAAGAAAGGUCCGUUCUUUGGAAGAACAACAUUUGGAGGAUCAGAUUAGAAUGAAAACGAUUGCCAAACGGCUUCGUCGAAUGGAACGUAGUUAUAAAUUUAUUCAAUAAAAACAUUUAUUAUCAUUGACAAA